CCAUCAUUAAGAAGAGACACAUAUUUUGCAGCGGAACGGUAGCCUUCAUUGAUAUUUUGUAAUGGAAAACGCAACAUAUAUUUAUUUUCGUUAUGGUUCAAAGGCCGUUACACAGGUUGAUUCAACAUGUUUGGACAUGAUCACGAUAAAUCCAAGUGUGACAUCAGAAAUUAAUGCCGUUGCUUUCAUACAUCGAGCAAUUGUUGCAGCCAUUUUUCUCGUAUUCGCAUUAGUCGGUCUAUUUGGUAACGCCCUCGUCAUUAUUUCAGUCAUCGUUGGCAGAAAGCUCCGGACGAUCACCAAUGUCCUGGUGGUCAAUCUGGCUUUCGCUGAUUUCAUGGCAUGUAUCCUCUUACCCUUCCAAAGCACUGGUCUCCUAAGUCAAACAGGAGGGUACCCUCUGCACGAGACGGUGUGCGCAACCGUUGCCGCAGUAGGAUACAUCAGCGUGUGCUGCAGUGUACACACCCUAGUCGCUAUCGCAUUCGUCCGCUGGUACGUCAUCACCAGAUCCAUUCGUGGUCAUCGAGGUCUUCAUACCCCGAAGAAAAUCGCCAUCAUGGUUUUGAUCACCUGGAUAUUCUCAAUCUCCUUCAUGGUCGUACCUCCUGUUCUUGGCAUCGGGACAUUCGGUUAUUCCACAUACUAUGGAACAUGUUCUUUAACAGAUACAAACGAACUAGGUGACUAUUUUACCUGUCUUCAAGGAACUCUGAUCGCCAUUGCCCUUCUGCUUACCCUUAUGAUUUACAUUCGUAUCUUACGUCAUGUCUUGCGACAUAAUAAACAGUUUCGAGAGGCACAUCAGAACAAAGCUUCUUUGUCUGUCUCUGCAGGUUCUCGUCCACCUAUGAUCAAGGCCAUCAACCGGAAAGAGAUCGAGAUCACGAAGAAUCUCUUCAUGGUCGUUUGCGUUUUUAUGCUCUGUUUCCUAGCCACCGUUGUGAAUUUCAUCAUCCCUGGUACCAGCGUCUUUACUCUCUACAGUACCAUGAUAUUGUUCGCAAAUAGCAUAGUCAAUCCGAUUAUCUACGGGCUCAAGCAUCCCAACUUUCAAGAGGUCUUCAACAAAAUCCUUUGCUGUCGUCCCGUAGGAUAG